CGACGAUCUAGUCCGCGCGCGUCCCACACUAGCACCGGUUCUUCCGCUAUUAAUUAAAAAGUUCCACUUACAAAUUACUAAGUACGAUUUUAAAAGCCAGAAAUAAAGAAGGCCAGAUUCAAUAAAACAAAAUAAGGUGACGUCAAGUGGGAACCAUUCAAUUGCUCAGACUUAAUUAAAAAACAAAUCACUCAGUUCCAUUGUUUUCAUUUUUUGUAGCAAUGAGUUUUUAGUGAGUGCAAAAAGUGAGGUUUUAACAAAAUAAACUAGUGUGUGCUAUGUUUGCUUAAGUUUUUCUAGAACUGAACCAAAAUGGUGUGGCUAUUUCUUUUGUUCGUCGCAUUGCCCGUGAUAUAUUCUGAAGGUGAAGAAUUGACUCCACCCCAGAAUGUGACAAGAAGUCCGUGCACCGAUAUGAACCACCUGUUCCUCGCGCCUGGAGUGCUGACCGCUGGUGGCAGCAACCGAGCUUGCGUCUCCAGGUUUUAUACAGACGGCACAGCCAGGAUGCUCCUUACUCUGGUCACUGAUGACCUGACGACGACCACUGCCUCCAGGGAAUUGCCUUCAGGUGAUGGAGGUUGCAUCGACAUAGCCGUGCCGCAGAAACCGAACACAAAAGCUAAAUUAACAGUUAAUUUAUGGUAUCCAGAAGCCCAAUGCUCAUGGGAACGCGAUCUAUCCGUGAGGAUUUCCAGCGGGAGACUGCUGGUUAUCCACACGGAGCGAGCCAGGUACCACCCUGGAGAAAUACUUCGAGCGAGGGUGCUAGCUUUGAAGGCUGACCUGACUCCAGCACAUGGCGCGAUUGAAGAAAUAUGGCUGGAGGGACCGCGAGGCGCUUGGGCCGGCACUCGUGCUGCGCAGUGGCGCAACGUGCGCGUGCGCAUGGGCUUCGCUCAAGUACAGCACUCGCUCGACGAACUAGCGCCGCCUGGCAGGUGGAGCAUGCAUGCUAGACUUGGAGAUGGCACGCAAGGUUCAACAGCAUUUAUGGUUGGCAACUAUGAGCUGCCACCGUUUCAACUGAGCGUACGGCAUGCACAAAAAGUGCUGAGGACCAGUGAUCGCUUAGUAUGGACUGUCUGUGUUCGAUACCCUUGGACUGAAGCCGUAGAAGGAAUGCUAGUGAUUCGCAUCCGAGGAGCCGGUGGGACAUCAGUGGGCCAUGAGCCCAGCGGCAUCAGGACGGUGGUCAGGAUCAAGGCGCCCAGGGCUUGCCACAGACAUGCCGCAGCGUCAAGGAGGAUCGGCCUCAAUGGGACCUACCCGCCUGAAGUGGUGGUCGCAGACUUUUCUUUCCAGGAGGAUGACACAAGGAUCUGGCAGAACACUACAGUGGUAUCUCAAGUGGUCGACAAGCCGAUCACUCUGCAGUUUCUGACAAAGCACCGAGCGAUUAUAUCGCCUAGACUGCCCUAUAAACUAAAGGUGAAAGCGACCCGUUGGGACGAGAAGCCUGCUAGCGGAGUGACAGUGAGAGUUUGUCGCGGAACCAUGUGUCCCACCGCCGAGACCGAUGCUUGGGGCGUCGCUCGCGUCACCUUCACCGCUGGAUACAAUGCCGACUACCACACCUUCCAGGCAUCUUUAGCCAACGACAGUUCUGUAACAGCGCUGCCUCUACAAGUGGCCGUGAGACGCACAGGCUUAGUUCACGCAGCUUUGGGACCUAUAAAACCGGACACGGAAUCUGGGAAGACUGUUGUACCCUUAUACGUUGAUUUGACGAACGUCACCAAACCGCUAACUGUACACUUCGUGGUUAUUACCCGCGGAGGAAUUAUCUAUAGAUGGGGAGCGACAACGCAAUGCCCUUCGACCAGCUCUUCCGAGUACAUUCCCACAACGUCCAGAGAAAGCGAAUGUCACCACGCAAACAUAGCCUACUACGAUAGAAAUAUAGCCAACUUCAAUACAAUCUCGCACAGAACUGCUGGGAACUUUGAUAGUUUCAAUACCAUCUCUGCUAAUUCUUCCAGACUUGAAUCAGAUUCGCUCUUAGAUCGACAUUUGCUAAGAGUAAUGUUGCCUAUUAAAGUUACGCAUCAAAUGUGCCCAGACAGCCAUUUGGUGGCAUUCUUCUAUUAUAAAGGGGAGUUGGUCAGUGCCAGCAAGCAUUUCGAGCUCGACGAGUGCUUCAUCAACAAGGUGGAACUUACCUGGUCGUCGAGGCAAGUAGCCCCAGGGUCCACAGCGAAUCUCCAGAUUUCCACAACGGGCCCGGCUCUUUGCGCCCUCACGGUCUUAGACUCGGCAGCCAAAUGGAACCAACCAUCGACUUCAGUGAAGGAAGUGCUGAUAACGGAACUGAAGCGACUUAUACAAAGUCAUAGGAAUCUGACGGAAUAUGACGCAGCUGGGACGUGUUUCCUUACUUCAGAACUGUCGGAGUUGCCAACGAAUAGUAUGGAACUGACAGCGUCAUGGCUAGCGGCGGCCGGAGUCAGAAUCACUGGCGGAGAAUUGACUCGCGUCACUAGAAACAAGUGCGCUUCUGGGCCUGCGCCUCUUAUUGACGAUGCCACUGUUCCAAGAAGCGACUUUUCAGAAGCAUGGCUUUGGCGCUUGGUAGCCGUAGGCGCUAACGGCACCGCCAUUGUAUCGGGCAGGGCUUCCGACACCAUCAGCCGGUUCGAGGCGGCCGCCACCUGCGUGUCUAGGUCGGGGCUGGCACACUCUGCGCCCGGCGUGCUGCAGGUAUUCCGCGAGUUCUUCAUCCACGCCGACAGCCCGAGGAGACUAAAGCAAGGGGACUCGACUAUCAUCCGUUAUCGGCUUUUCAACUACCUGUACGAAUCUUUGAGUGUACAAAUCCAAAUUAUGACAGACUCCCAUCUAGAAGGUCCCACAGAAAGCGUAGAAGCAGCUUGCGUCAACGCACGCGCUUCCAUCGCCAGACGCGUCGAGAUAUCAGCCAAGUCUUCUGGUGAAGCGAGACUCAGUAUACGAGCAAAAUCCGUGCAAGAUGGCAACUGUGCUAACGGCACUAUUGGAAGGACUGGAGUUAGCGACGAGGUGAUCAUUCAAAUAUCCAUUGAACCUGAAGGCGUACUUCAGCAGGAACACAAGUCGAUACUGCUUUGUGGGAGAGGUAGUCCCGAAGCCAGUAGUUCAGAAAUCACAUGGUCGUUCCCUGCCGUGGAAGCAGUUCCUGGCACAGAGUCGUUGACAGUGUGGGCUUCCGGUGACCUCACUGGACCAUUGCUUGCUGAUUCGGACGCGUUAGUGACAUUACCCCGAGGCUGUGGGGAACAGAACAUGGCGCGACUGGCCACCAACCUGCUCGCGCUCACGCAACUACGGAACGAUUCUUCGGCCGCCACUAUCGCCGCCUCACACUUGGCACGAGGCUUCACCCGUCAGUUCCAGUAUUUGCAUCCCCAGGGAGGCUUCAGUGCAUUCGGUGGGUCUGAUCCGACUCCAUCUACUUGGCUUACCGCAUUCUCACUUAAAUAUAUGCGAAGGGCUCAUCAGAUAUUGAACCCGGGCCUGCCUCUCCCUCCGUCUUUAGAACUGGCGUCUCGGUGGCUGCUCGCCCAACAGAUGGAGAACGGCUGCUUCCGGGCGCAGGGGCAAGUCUUCCAUACUGAACUAAAGGGCGGCCUGAACGAAGAAGGGGAAAUUGCAAGCGUAGCUCUCACAGCGUUCGUAAUCACAUCGCUACUAGAAAGCUCCGCCCCAAUAUCAGCGCGGGUACUCCACAACACUUUAUCCUGCCUCAGGGCUCUGCCCCCGGGCAAAGCCAGGGUUCCCAGCAGGGUCUACGCUCAGGCACUCCUUGGGUACGCGUUCAUGAAGAUCAGAGCUUACGAGGAUGAGAUCAGAAAGACCAACGAAGCAAGUCUCCUAUGGGAGAGGCGGGAAGCAAUCGGCGGCGGCCUAAAGGAAGACGAAGAGUUGAGGGAAUUGAUGGAACUGCUGAAACUUGCGCGUCGCACCGGAGAUUACGUCUACUGGGAGACUAGCAGUCUGUCAUCAUCGAUAGAAGCGACAGGAUACGCGCUGAUGGCGCUAUCAUCAUGCGGUGCCCGAUGUGCUUCUGACGCGCGCGCCUGCGUGCGCUGGCUCAGCGCGCACCGCCACGCCGCCGGGGGCUUCCUGUCCACGCAGGACACUCUAGUGGCAUUAGAAGCUUUAUCGAUGUGGUCAGCAGUACAACCAUCCACACCACCAAGUCUCAACGUGAGGGUCCGCAGCAAAGGCGACUUGAAGACAGCGUUCAUACAAGCUGGAGAGAAGGUGCCUCAAGUCAUGAAGAUGACACCUGGAGACCAGCUCGAUGUGUCUGUGGAAGGAUUGGGUUGCGCACUAGUGCAGGCGAGUCGGUCGUACCACAGCGUAUCUGAUAGUGCGGGACCGACGCCACACUCGCUCGCGGUUCAAGUGCGUGUGCGCACAGACGGCGUGUUCGACUGCGACGCUAAUAAGACGAUGUGCUUCUGCGCCGCUGAAAUUGAGGCGUGCGUCCGUUGGUCGGGCGGGGCGGUAGGGAUGCGUGUACUAGAAGUGCGGCUGCCAGCGACCGCCGCCGCCGACGCCGCGCGGCUGUACUCGCAACUGAAACCACCGCAUUCACUGCUUCGCCGUAUCGAGCUGACUCCCAGCGGCGGGAGAGCUACCUUCUACCUGGACGACACUGGCAUGGAAUCUGAGACAGAAACCCACGCGUGCUAUUACGUCCACGCCAUAGCACCAAAAACAAAGACCAAACCUGCGUACGCGCGGGUGACGGACUAUUAUAAUCCUACCAUCAACCAUACUCAGAUGUACACAAUACCAGAGGACUGUCCACCCCGUAUAGCCCACGAGAACAACGAAUUCACAGCAUCCGACAAUUUAUUCAAUAAAGCUAGAUCACUAUCGGACAGCAGUGAAAUUGUUAUAACUCACGAAUACUCGUUCGAGGACAUUCCGGAUGGGAUUCCCCUAGAAGAUCCUUUAUAUGAUUCGUUCAAUAGAGAAGAGAUCGCAUAUUUAAGCAAACAUAAUGAUCAUAAACACAAAAAUAAUAAUUUUAUGAUUAUUAACAAUGUCAACCAUAAAUCCCUGAAAAGGGAUGGUGCUUCUGAAGAAAAAGAAAAAGAUAUCACUGAUAAAUUAGGAACAAAUAUUGAUAUGAACGAAUCAGGCAAGAACGCUGAUGUUACAUCUAAGGAUAUUUUUUACGCAGAAUUGAAGUCAGCAGAAUCAGAUGAACGAAAUUCAUUAAAUACUGAUAGAACUAAUGUUACUAAUGAAGUUGAUAAAUCAGCUUUUACAGAUAGUGAAACCUCAAACUCUUUUGAUAUCAUCUCAAGUGCCAUGAAUAAAGAUAAUUUGAUUAGCAAAGAGAAUAUCACACUAGUUAAUUACGUUCCGUCUGCGAAAACCCAUGAGAAUUAUGAUGAUAACAGAAGCAAUAAUGGUGUAAUACCUGAGAAUCUUGAUUCAACGAGAGCAAAUAAUGAAAGCGUCGUUCCAAAAGAAGUUGACAACGUUAAUACACUUUACGUAAAUCACGAAGCAGCAAAAGAUUACAGCGUCAAUGAAAAUGUUGGUUUCGGAGUCAAUAAAAAACAGACUAAUAUGGAUAUUAAGGUACAAAACCCGAAGCUGUCUGCGUUUCACGUAGUGAAUUCGCAGACAGAUCUAGAUGUGCCCACGGGUAUAGAAGGCCCAGUUCCUUCUAUAGUUCUACCGCCUCCAAACUUCGUCAUCCCACCUCCAGAUAUUUCACAGUCAACAGUGAGCUACUCGCGAAGAUUCCCGAUUCCACCACAGAAUUUAUAUUACUUUCCGUACCAACAUCCAGGCGUUUAUUAUAGAGAACGCUAUUACCCACAAAAUGGUUGAUAAGAAUAGAAAUGGUUGUUGAGAAGAAGAAAUUUCUGCAAUCGUAUUCUUGACAUCUUUGAACCACCGUGAUGAUCUUUCAGGAACCUUGUGUUUCAUGAAAGGACCAAAUGCUAAUUUAACCCAUUAAAAUUAAAAUACUUGCGCCGAUACUUCUUACGCAAAGCAAUUUCGAUCUUUAAGGUCAGGAUUUGGUAUACACCCCGGCAAUCUUCUUGAGCAAGACCGUGGACAAGGAAGCCUUCGCACUAGCAAUUUUGAAUACAAAAUCGUCUACUGCGCCAGUUCAUUUAUCUGUUAUUUUGAUCAAGAAGUUAUAAUAUUGCCGCUACCAAGUUAAUAAUUAUUGCAAAACGCUAUAUUUCUAUGCCUGAUCACUUGCGGCAUAGGGCUUUCUGUACCCUUAGCAUAAACCAAUAUCGAUUUGCGAGUGCGAAAUGUCAUUGUCAAAUAUGUACUGAUUACACUGCACAACAACACUUCUGAUGAUUGGGUUAUGUUGUAUGAUAUCAGUCCAUUUUUCAAUGACGAUUUCAAAUCUGUGCCUGAAAUUUCUGUAUUAGCUCUAGUUAAAAAAAUAUGACACAUUGUUUUCUUUAUAAUAAAACACUUUAUAUUUGGAGAUGAUAUCAAUUUAUUUAAUUUUAAGUGGAAAAAUACUUUCUUUUAUUGGAUUUUCUUGCUGAAGCUGAAGGCAGAGAGCUAUUCUGAAUGCUCCAACAAUAGUCAGAUAUCAUGUGAGCGUUCCAGUAGCAUUGACAGCGUUCCUCCAUCGUACGAAGUUCCUGGUGGAAUCACUCGCCCUGUUCUUCACUUAGAUCCCCAAGAUUGGCGGGAAAAUAGUUUAAGUGGUUGUGAAGAAAGUGUAACUUGAUGCUCAUGUUACAUCCGAGUUUUUGAAAGUGACUCAUUAGUUCUUUGACGUGUUGAGAAAAGUCCGAACUUUUUAUAUUUCCCAAAAAAUUUUGUACCAGCCAAACGAACUCAUUCCAUGCCUUUUUCUCAAUAUUUGUCAUAGUUUCCAUAAAAUUUGAGUCUUUUAUUAAUGAUAUUAUUUGUGGCCCGUCAAAAAUUCCCGCUUUUAUCUUUUUGCACUCAGUUUUGGAAACUUUUUUGAUAGAAAAAGGAAACAAUUUCCAUUUUUGUCAAGACCUUUUACAAAUUGUUUAAUAAGGCCUAGUUUUAUAUAUAACGGAACGAAACACGUCUAUUUGCCGACCGUAUGGAAGGAUAUUCCCAUUUGGCUCAAUUUUUUUCGGUUAAUACCAGAUAAGUUCACCAAGCAAAAAUAACAAUCAUCGUGGUGGUUCACGGGUUCUUUCCAUAUCAUAGCCGAUUCGUACCUAAAUCUUUACCUUUCUUAUUUGUCUACAAACGUAGAAACUCAACACACGUUUUGCAUACCUUUUACGGAAUCCAAGGCUUGUUUUUAAUUAUCAGCGGGUGACCAAAGUAAUUUUUGUAAUCCUCAUUUACGAACUUAGUCACAUUCAAACGGUAUUCUUUAAACAUAUACUCUCCGCAAAUGAAACAAAAUGUUUCGGUAAAUUCACAGACUCGUCUUAACGACGCCAUAUCAAAUUAUAAUCAGAAAACUAUUAUUAUCAGCAAAUUAACACGGUCAUAUGUCGACUUUAUUGUGAAAGCUAUAACUUGUAAACAAGAGCUGUUACAAAAAAAACGAGGGUAUAUCUAGAAUCAGCGACGUCAAAUUAGUAAACAUCAUGUGAUAAAAGUCAAUCAUCAGACAAAAGUUGCAAUUUUGUUGUGCAGUGUUAUUAGUUCUCGUUACGUCAUUUGUAUGCAAACUUGAACAGCAGCGCCAUAUAGGACGUAACGAGAUCUAAAAAUCAGUACACAUUUGACAAUGACAUUUCGUACUCGCAAACGUUACGAAUUCGAUAUUGGUUCGUGCUAAGGGUACAGUAAAGACAAACGAAACUCUAAAUAAAACAAUCAUUAGAAUAGAUCCAUAAGCGUUUCAGGUUUUAGAGAACUCUGUAUCUACUUUAUUUUGAUAUUUCAUUACUCUAAUUUUUACAUCACCGAAUUGCAAAGAUAUAAUUCACGCACAGGUAGGUACAUAACAAUUAAAUUAACUCAUCAAAGUGGACAGUUAACUGGUUCGAUUUUAUAAUUUUAAUAAAUAAUUGAAUGUAUAAAAAUCUCCAGAGUAUAAAGAUUAAAAUCAAUUUCAUUGUUAUUAAAUAUUUAUUUAUUGCUUAAGUUUAACGUAAAGAAAGUCUAAAUAAUUAAUUAGAAUUUAAGAAGUAAUCUUUAAAGUAUUCGUAUCGCAUUUAUAGAUAGUAGCCUAGUAGUAUUAGGAUUAGUAAUUAUUAUAUUUAUUAAAUACCUAUAUUACACUAAUUGUAAGAAACGUGAGCACAAAAAAUAUAUAAUAUGGGUGCUUUUAUGGCACAUUUGUAGACAAAUAAUAAUAAGUUCUUUGUAAUCAAUCUUAUAGUACUUCUUUGUUGAGACGAAGCCAAAAGCCAUUUUAUUUAUCUGGUAUGGUAUACCGUAGAUUACCUAGUUGGAUAUUUAAACAUUUUUACUAUUUUUAUAAAUUAAUUAUGAUUCGAGAGAAAAUAACGACCAAAAGCGAGUCGCAUACGAAAGAUUCCAUGCCAUCAAAAAAGGUUCAUGAUGAGUCAGACAGUUCUGUUGCUGGCGUCCUUCCUUUAGGCAUGUGGUAAUCUUUAAAGGAACACAAACAAAUGUUUAUGCUUAUAAUUUUUAUUAUUUUUAAAGCAUGUAACUGCUUGAUGUUUAAAUCUAAAGAAAAUAUAACUAGAAAAAAAUCCACGCGGACCAGGCAGCAGACGGGACUCGAACCCGCACCCUUCGCAAUCCGGGCGAAUGCACUGACCAAUUAUGCUACCGCGGCCCUCACGGACCGCGUCGAAAUUCUUUCUAGCUAUUCUUAAGCUGCAAGGCAGCGCCAUCUCUUCGCAUUAUAGGUAAACCCACAAUGUCAAAUGAAUACUUUUACAAGUAUUAAACAUUUGAAAGAAGAAAAUAGCAAUUAUAGUUAUAAUUUUUAUUAUUUUUAAAGCAUGUAACUGCUUGAUGUUUAAAUCUAAAGAAAAUAUAACUAGAAAAAAAUCCACGCGGACCAGGCAGCAGACGGGACUCGAACCCGCACCCUUCGCAAUCCGGGCGAAUGCACUGACUGAUUUUUUUUCUAGUUAUAUUUUCUUUAAAUGUUUAUGCGUGGUGGUACCUAAGUACUGAUAAACCUAAUGACACGUCUACAUUACUUACAUUAAUUUAGGGUCGGGCUUAGGAAACAGCUGUGAUUUUUGACCGUGCAAAGAGUGGUUUUAUUACGGACGGUAAGACGACGAUCAAAAUAAAGUUUAUCUUUUUGAUAUUAUGUGCAAUUUGUUGAGUGACACAGGGAGACAUGUUUCGUAUCAUGUAGUAAAAGUCUUUUGUACCGAUAUGGUCUUCUUUGCUUUAAUUUACCAUGUAGUUAGCCAUUCAUAGAUGUUGCUUCAUCAUCAUCAUCAGCCGAUGGACGUCCACUGGUGGACAUAGGCCUCCUCUAAGGAUUUCCAUACACAACAGAACUGCGAUUUCCGCUUCCAGGUCCCCCCGACUCGUCAGUCCACCUGGUGAGGGGUCUACCGACACUGCGCUUCCAGUGCGAGGUCACCAUUAAUCCACAUUAGCACCGGACCAAUGGAAGUUGCUAUUGGUCUGCUGGACAAUGUGCCCCGCCCAAUGCCACUUUAGCUUGGCGAUCCGUUGAGCUAUAUCGGUUAUUCCAGUUAUUCUACGGAAUUCCUCAUUCCUGAUUCGACCACGUAGAGAAAAACCUAGGAUAGCUCUCUCCAUCGCUCACUGUGCGACUCUGAGCCUUCAUAAGAAGCAUACUCUCAACGACCGUGUUCCAGCUACGUAUGUCAUAAUAACUGGGAACACGCAUUGUUCGAAGACUUGAUCUUCAGGCACUGAGAUAUUUCGGAUGAGGACAGCCUAGAUGGAUACAGCAGUUUACCUCUUCCUCGAAAUUGAACUUACCCAAGUAGACUAUUUGACCCAGAUGUACAUAUUUUUCGACAAUGUCGAGUGCAGAGUUGUCAUCAAUUACCGUGUGGAGCGGAACAUGAGCGUUAGACAUGAUUUUUCGUCUUACUGAUGUUCAUUUAAGGCCCACCUGUUGAGACUCUGCUGUGGUCGUUGAUCAUUGUAUUAAGAUCAUCCAAAACGUCUGUCAUGUACUAGCUGUUGAUGGGGACUGAUUCGGUUCCAAUCCAGAAGAUAAAAGACGGAGCACUAAAUAACUUCACGCCUCGCUGUAGUUGGAUAGGUCUCGUAGUCUGGUCUUGUAUACGUACUGUCGUGGUGGCGUUUUUAUACAAAUUUCAUACAGUACAUGUUUCUAACAAAUCAAUAAAAAAUAUCUUUCUCGUAGUCUACAAACGAUACGCAAAGUGGCAGGUUAUAUUUUUCGGUAUUUUGUAUAACCUACAAGGCUGACGCAGUGUGUGAUUGCAGUCUAUGGUGCUGAAACCUUGCUGAAAUCCAGCUGUUCGGGAGGCUGGAAGUCAUCUUACCUAAUUGCAAAACAUUGAUUAUUGACUCUCAAAACUACUUAUAGAUGUGGAUUAGAUAUGGCUCUGUAGUUCUUCAAUUGGGUGUUGUCACCUUUUUUGACCAAAAGUACCGCCGCGCCCCAGUGUUAUACCUCUGGCGUUAUGCCUUCGUGAGUGACGAAAUUGAACAAUGUCUCGCAAUUUUACGUACUGGUUUUCCACUCUUUUCAUGACUUCUGCUGUGAUUCCGUCAUCCCCUGUUGUUCUUCAGGAGCAAUACUAAUCUCGUAUAGACUGACGUACGCUGACGGUAUAGUGUCGGGGAAAUAUGUUUGUGUUGAGGUGUGUAACUAUCCAUAUAAGCUUGCUUCCCUUCUCAAAAUCUCAAGCUUUGAUAUAAAGUGUUGCUUUAAGGAACGUCAAAGAAUACUCCUUGCUGGUCCCGGUUCUUCGUGGGUCGUGAAGGCUGCUGUAUCAACAGUUAAAUUUGAUGGGAGGGUCUGAAAUAAAAAUCAGGGAGAGGGCCAAGCACCUUCCACCUCGGAGCCUUGCAAGAGACCCAAUCUCCCUAUUCCAUCCAUAGGGAAGACCUGUGCCCCAGCAGUGCAUAAUUUUAUCCCUAUAAAGUUUGAUUAUAUCUUCUUCUUGUUUAACGUCAUCAUCAGCCUAUUAAUGUCCCCACUGCUGGGACACAGGCCUUCCCUAUGGAUGGAAUAUGGAGAUUGGGCCAUGACCCACCACGGGGGCCCAGUGCGGGUUGGCGGGUGCUACCGACUGCAGAUGCAGCCCGGACCAACGGCUUAACGUGCCUUCCGAAGCACGGAAGAGCUCGAGAUAAGCUAAAUUUUUGGUCACCCAUCCAAUGACCGACCACUGCGAAAGUUACUUAACUUCAACGAUCGCAGCCGAACGCGCUAACCACUUGCGCCAUCGAGCUCCACAUCGAUUUUAACGUAAAAUAAUCUAUUUGUGUCAUGUUUUGAUGUACAACACUUUUUAAAUAAAACUACUUUUAAAACGGGUUUAAAAUGCAUUUUGUAAAACUUUUUUACAUAUCUCUGCGUUUCGCAUCAUUUUCAAGAUGCGUUAUGAAGAGUAUGAUUUUAAAUUACUUUUUAGGUAUAACUUUGAAUUCUGCUAUUACAAUGACUAAUUGCGUUAAAAAUUAUGUCCAUAAGCUUCGACAGCAUGGGUAAAAAGCAGAUGUGGUCUACAAGAAGACGCGUUUUUGGUAGCUUAUCCGGUUUGAGGAUAUUUCUAUUUUUGCUAUGUAAUAUAAUACUUAUUAAUUUUUAAUAAUGAGUGUCACUCUCACAACUAAGAAAAAUCAAACUAAAUCUCUUAAGCCAAAAUCCGUCAAACCGUUUAGGUCAAGGAGCUUGCUAAAGAAAUAUAUUAUACUAGUGG